GAACUUGCUGCGCGCGUGCCGGUUCCUGGUGGAGGUGGGCGGGAUUGUGAAGUGGAAAAAACGCUCGCGAGAGGAGAAGUUUGAAGUUUUCUGAUAUAAAAUAUCUAAAAUAUAAAAUAAGCUCGUAUUAAUGAUAUAAAGGCUAUACAUUCUUUCUCCGGUCAGUUAUUAGAUCACCCCUGAAACGGCUUUGUGUGUUUUCCGGCGGUGCGGUGCGGUGCUAACGUUUAUUAUUGCCGCCGGUGGCUUUUUUGAAAUCGCUUAUGCUAAGCUAGCGCAGCGGUGAUGCUAAGCUAAGGCUACUGCGUCUUCCGUCGGCUGUGGCCGGACUGCUGUAGCUCCUCUCGGGCUCCCUCCUCCAGCUGCAAGGCCUGGACUGUGUGAUCCAGUGAUAAUAUAACGUGUAUAGGUUAGAGAGCAGUCAGACAUUGAGUAAAGCACCGCUCUAUGAGCGCCGAGAAUGAGUUCGAGCAGCCGCUAAACUACUAACCUGAUCGACCCUGCCUCCUUUCCGGCUUCAGUUUAUAGCAGUGAAGUUGGGCGGCUCGGCGCGUUUCUGUCUCUUUAUUUCUGUGUAUUUCUCCCGGCCGGACCGAACUCUGAUGGCAGGUUCGAUAGAGCGCUGUUCCUGAUGCUGAAGCGGACCGGAUCCCGAGCGGGUUGAUGUUUGUUGUGCCCGGCUGAAGGAGAGAGAGAGAGAGACAGAGCGCGUGAGGGAAGAAGCCGGUGUCGCUGCGCGCUCCUCUUUGUUCGGUGAAGGAGCUCCUGGCCCCAGUCUUUCCGGUUGUUCGCGCUUGCUUGGAGAUUUCGGAGCCGUGUUUGGAGGCUCUCUGCCCCAGGAUGGCACCACAGAAGCACGCCUCUGACCCCGGUGCUGGGUGCAGAUCCAGCAGCGGCAAAACCGCAGGAAGCCACCCGAACUCCGGCCUCAUGAACGCGGCGAAGAGACCCAAACUGGAGCAGAUUCAGGCCGACCACGAGCUCUUCUUACAGGCGUUUGAAAAGCCAACUCAAAUAUAUAGAUUCCUUCGAACAAGGAACCUGAUGGCCCCCAUUUUUCUGCAUAGAACUCUUACAUACAUGUCCCAUCGGAACUCCAGAACUAAUGGAAAACGAAAAGGCUUUAACGUAGAUGAUCUGCUUUUCAAAGUGGAUGCCAAAAUGGAGCAGGACCCACACAAUUUAGCCUCCCACUUACAACUCACCUUUACUGGAUUUUUUCAUAAAAUUGAUAAGAACUGCCAGAACUCAGAAAAUGAAGAGAAUUCUGUCUCAUUGGAGGUGCUACUCAUUAAAGUCUGUCAUAAGAAACGGAAGGAUGUCAGUUGCCCUAUUAAACAAGUGCCUACAGGUAAGAAGCAGGUGCCUUUGAACCCAGACAGCAGCCAGAUGAAGGCAGGCUUGUGCCCCAGCAUUGUCGUUUCCAGUCAAGAGUUUGAGCCCAGUAACAGCCACAUGGUGAAAUCCUACUCACUACUGUUCAGGGUCACCUGUCCUGCAGGGAGGGAAAUCAACGGCCUGUCCAGCAGAGAGACCAAUGUUAUUGAUGAGGUUCCCAGCAGGAAGAAACGUUAUUCCUCCCAUCGGGAUGAUGGUGAGACAACAUUUGUAGCCCAGAUGACUGUGUUUGAUAAGAACAGGCGUCUGCAGCUGUUGGAUGGUGAAUACGAAGUGUCAAUGCAGGAAAUGGAGGAGUGUCCUAUUGGCAAAAAGAGAGCCACAUGGGAAACCAUUCUUGAUGGCAAGUGGGUGCCUCCGUUUGAUACCUUCUCUCACGGGCCAACUCUGCAGUUCACUCUGCGCUGGACUGGUGAUUCAGCCGAGCGCACCACAGCCCCAGUGGCCAGACCGCUCGCUACGCGCAAUUCAGACACCAGUGGUGGGGACAGCCACAGGCCUAGUGCCCCCAAACCUCCUCAGGCAGUAGCUGUUAAAGAUCCAGUUAGCGCAGACAUGCCGGUACGGAGGGAGCAGGUCCACAUCGAGCCUCGACAGAAACUACGUGUCUAUUAUCAGUUCUUGUACAACAAUAACACGCGACAGCAGACUGAGGCCAGAGACGACCUGCACUGUCCCUGGUGCACGCUGAACUGCCGGAGACUCUACAGCCUCCUCAAGCACCUCAAACUCUCCCACAGUCGCUUCAUCUUCAACUAUGUGCCUCACCCCAAAGGAGCCAGGAUUGAUGUAUCAGUGAAUGACUGUUAUGAUGGCUCAUAUGUGGGAAAUCCUCAGGACAUCCACUGCCAGCCUGGCUUUGCCUUCAGUCGUAACGGCCCUGUCAAAAGGACCUCCGUUUCACAUGUCCUUGUCUGCAGGCCCAAGCACCCAAAGCCCAGCCUGUCAGAGUUCUUGGAGUCGGAGGAAGGUCAGCUGGAGCAGCAGCGCACUUACGUCAGUGGACACAACCGCCUUUACUUUCACAGUGACAGCUGCAUGCCUCUCAGACCACAGGAGAUGGAGGUGGACAGUGAAGAUGAGAGGGACCCUGAUUGGCUUCGGGAAAAGACCACCAUGCAAAUUGAGGAGUUUACUGAUGUCAAUGAAGGAGAGAAAGAAGUGAUGAAAAUGUGGAACCUCCAUGUAAUGAAGCACGGAUUCAUAGCAGACAAUCAGAUGAAUCAGGCCUGCAUGCUCUUUGUGGAGAAGUGUGGCUCCACCAUCAUUGAGAAAAACCUCUGCAGAAACUUUCUUCUCCACCUGGUCAGCAUGCACGACUUUGGCCUGGUGAGCACCAUGACUAUUGAUAAGGCGAUGGCUCUGCUGAGGCAGGGUCAGCAGCCAGGCAGAAAUGACAGUGGUGCAUAUGAUUCUCCUGGACAGGCCAGUAGAGCGGCGGAGUCUGUGAAGACGAAGGCCUGAUUAACUUCAGACCUGGGAUUGAUGUCUCGUUUUGGAUAGAAUUUCUGGACGCAUUCCGCUCAGGCACGGAGUUAAGGGUGGAGGGUUUGGUUGCCGGGUCGUUUCAGAAGGAAUGGGAAAAGAAAACUUUGAAGUUGAUGGAAAAAUGACAUUUUUCCAUUUCUGACGUCUCCAUCUCUGACGAUGCCAGCUUACUGUAUUUUAACCACAGAUCAGCUGAGUAAUUGGAGCAAGAAACUGAAGUUUUGCAGUGAUAAGUCUUCAGUAAUCAUCUUACAAAAUAAAUGUUUGUUUUUGUGACCUCUGGCUUCUACCCUGAGAACUUGAUAUUUACUCGAGAGCUUUGGUGCUCAUUUAUGUUGGUGCCUGUUUCAAAAGACUUUUGGAAAGAUUUUUAAUAUAUUUCAAAUAGCUUGUGGGAAAAUUGACUUGAUUCCUCUGCAGCGUUUGCUGCUGACAUUUCCCUCCCCCUUGGGUUUUGUAAUAAGCUUUUGUUUCUGAUGUUGGUUCAUUUGUUGGUCAACAUUUUCUAAACUGUAUGGAGGGUGCAGGUAUCAGACUCUGUAACAUGGGAGUUUAGUCCUGGAGGGGCCAGAGGGCAGUUUUCUGUUUCAGUUUGGAUUCAGCCGGCAAGCUAAUCACCAUCAGCUUCUCAAAGAAUGAGUAUAGUGUGAUAUUAAAGAAGCAUCACUGAUGACUGAGCCCAAAUUCAGGAGAUCAAGACAUGUCCAGUAUCUGAGGUGUGCUUUUUAGGUUGCAAUGGCAGGCUAAUGUUUACAAACUGAAUUUGGACCAUCUCUGAUUGUGUGUUUGUACACAUUUGCCCCAGAAAAUAUAGAAAUCUGGAAUUAGAGAUUAAUUAUGUAUAUGCAAAUUUCCUCUCCAGAUUGUUUUUAUUUUAAGAAGCAGCUUAGAGGAAUACUCCACAAUAGAAUCUAUAUUUUGCGUCUGUACUCUCUAGAUUCACAUUUCUCUCAUAAUAAAAGAAAUUAGACAAAAUCUAGAAUGAACCACAUAAAAAAGGGCAAGUUUAAUAAAAGAGGUGCAAUGUGUAGGCAGUUGCACUGUGCUGAAGUACAGAAACUCAUUACAUAAUCAGAAAAGAACAUGGACCUGAUUUAUUAUGAUAGUUCUUCAUAUUGUAUAGCCCGAUUUGUGUUAAUCAGCUGAACACUACAGCUGCAGUUGCAAAUUUAGGGAGUUUUCUUUGUUUUAAUGAGGAGCAGAAAAAACAGCACUUUGGGUCCUCCAGGUCUGGAGUAAAGUGGAAUUCAGCUUAAAUAUGUUUUAUAAUGUUUUUCAUAAUGUUAAGAGUGGGAGUUGUGUGAAGUGGUUUAUUGAAGUGAGUUCUUCACAGUAAGAGUGAAUGAAACUAGGCUUCACCAUGGCUGCAACAGUAAAUUCUAUUUAUAUUAUUUACUAUCCAAACCCACCAGUGAGCCUACAGGUGUCUUCUGAGUUUUAUACAAGAUAUUGAUGAUGCCAAACUGACGGCAAAUCUGAACAAAUACCUUUUCUCUGGGGACGGCUUUGUUGCAGAACACCCCACAUGUAUUCUUUAAUAUUUUAGACAAAACAAAUCUACUAGUUAGAACUCUGGUAGAACAUGGUCUCAGGUACCGUGUGUUCACUGUUCAUAAUCACUUGGUGAGGGAGCGUCUAGAGUUUCAGACGUCUGCUUCCAUUCAUCACUGAUGUGUACCAUUCUGACUGAGUAUAACGGAUCGUUUCACACCAAACCUGCCCGGAAUGACUGACUGACUUUGUUCUAACCUUUUAAUUAUGCAGAUAACUUUCUUUUUUUUUCUGAGAGAAUCUGUUGAAUUUUUAAAACCAGGUUUAGAGGCAGGUUCUCAUCAGUCCUGGGUGCUGAAAACAUGAGGACGAGUGUCCACCAGAGUCUUAAACAGUACACUGAAACCAGGUGAUCUGUAACCACAAGACACAUAUAUACAGGGUAUUUAUGACCUACAUAUUGGAGAGGGACUAACAAAGCAGCCUCCAGUGAAGGGAGGAGACCCUCCAAACAUGUUUACACUUUUUCCCAUGAAUACAUGGACUUCAGGCAGGGUUCAGGCUUUUUAAUAUGUGUACGUUUUAAGGUGUACUUUUUUAUAAGGACUUUAGCAGUGCAGGUUUAGGUCUGAAAGCAGUUUUUAUUAGAGGCAGCUGUCUGAUAGCCAUUAGCAGGCUGAUUCUGCUCUAGGUGGUCUGUCUUUUUUUUGUUUGAUUAAAACUAGAAUGCAGUAGUCUGAUGAUGCAACUCCCUCUGAGCUCAACAAAGCUUCUUUUCCGCCGCUUCCUUCUCCUUGGCAGUAGAUCUGUGCUGCUAUUUUUGUGCAGUCACCUUCUACUUCUGUUACUUGCCUAAAACUGGCUGGAGCUUACUUUCUGCUCUCCUGUGUACAUAAGCUACGUUUUGGUGAAAAUGUUUAUCGUGUAAUAAGAAUUAGUAUUUUUUUCUCCUUUAAUAGAAUUAAGUUUACAUACCAAAGGGAUUGACACUGCUGCAACUUUUUACCUUAAGGUUUUUAAUACUUGCUGUUCCUGGUCUUCACCCUUAAUUCCCAAAGGCAGUGUGCUGUUUUAGAGGGAAACAGGAACGCUUCAGGACUUUGCUUUGCUUUAGUUUUGCUGAAGCUGUAUAGUUUGAACAAUGCUGAGGAGGCUGUUUUUAGACCCUGUGGAGUUCUGACUUUACCAGCUCAAUGCUCAUCUAUGCUUUCAAUGCCUCAAAAUGGAGACCAGCAUCAUUUGCACACAAUGUGGUUGGCCAUAUAAAAGUGAAUGGAAUUUUUUUUUUCCCUGUUGGGGGGGAAAAAAAACUUUACGACAAAUUGAUAAAUGGCCAGCGUUGUUGAGGUUGGUGCUUUUGCUUUUCUGAUUUGAAAUAGUUGUUUUUCUAUUUAAAAUAAAGAUUUUUUUCAUGAUUAA